CCCUAACAUAAAAGCGUCCUAGGUUUAACUGUAAAUCUCUUUCUCUCUCGACGUAGUUCGAGACCUCCGUAUUCUCUCCCACCGUUUAGGUCAUCGUCUUCUUCCACCAGUUAAUCAUGGGAUUGGAAAUCAGAAUCCCCAAAUCAGAUAGAGCUAAGCGAGCAGUUGAAAAGCGUGCUCCAAAACUUAUUGAGAAUGGGAAGAAAACACUAAUCCUUCAAGGUACUAAGACAAGCAAUAUGCUGAAUAAUGUGUUGACUGAGCUUUAUCAUCUCAAAAGGGGUAGUGCUAUAAGAUAUACUCGGAAGAAUGACAACAUCAGACCCUUUGAGAAUGGCGGUGAAACAUCGCUAGAGUUCUAUUCUCUCAAAACCGAUUGCAGUUUAUUUGUGUACGGAGCUCACUCAAAGAAACGACCAAACAAUCUCGUUCUUGGACGUACUUAUGAUCACCACAUCUAUGACCUUGUUGAAGUUGGGGUGGAAAACUUCAAAUCGAUGAAGGAUUUCUCAUACGACAAGAAAUUGGCUCCUCGAGUUGGAAGCAAACCCUUCUUUGCCUUCAUAGGCGAAGGUUUUGAGAGUGUGGAAGAAUUGAAGCACUUGAAGGAGGUGCUGUUAGAGUUGUUCAGAGGAGAGGUCAUCGAGAAUUUAAAUCUUUCUGGUGUAGAUCGAGUUUACGUAUGUACAGCUACUUCCUCAAAUACUGUAUUCUUCACGCAUUGUGCUCUGAGACUGAAAAGAUCAGGUACAGUUGUCCCAAGGAUGGAGCUGGUUGAAGUUGGCCCCUCCAUGGAUUUGGUAGUUCGGCGUCAUCGGCUUCCUAACGAAGGCGUAACCAAACAAGCUAUGAGAAAGUCUAUCGACCCUCAUAAAAAGAAGCCCAAAAAUGUUAAGAGUGAUUUUGAAGGUGUUCGUGGAAGGGUGUAUAUUCCAGAUCAAGAGGUUGGUUCUAUGCCACUAUUUAACAACGUAAAGGGGCUGAAGAGGGAACGCCGCGAAGGUAAGCCCAAGAAAGAAAAGGAUAAUGAUUCGCAGGAAACGAAGAAGCAAAAAGUGGUUUCUGAGUAAAAUAUGGGUUGGUGUUGUGAUCUUUUUGUUACCUAAAGUUAUGAAUGUGUUCUCUAUCUCCUUCUGUUAGAACUUAUGUGUGUCUUUUUUCUUUUUUCUAAUAUAUAUUCAACUACAAUCUUAAAUGUGAUUGGAAAGGUUGAUAAAAUUUAAAGAUGAUCUGGAAGCACCUGCAUAAGUCUGUCCUUAAACGUACAGUUAUUCCCACUUUGUUUAUCAAAUACAGAAAAAGAAAAGAGGGUUU